AUGCAUAUUAUAUCUAUUCUUUUUUAUGUUUUAUUUUCAGUGAAAUCAUCUUCCACCGUUUCACCGUCAAGAUCUUAUAUAAAUUGUGAUAAAUGUAAAAUUGAGAUACCUAGACAUGAAUACAGAUAUCAUAAACGAACUAAUAUCCAUAAAUCGAAUUGUUUGAUAAAAUCAGAGUUUGAACAUAUUGAUAUAAUAGCUACAGCAUUUAAAAAUAGAAUAAUGACUUAUCGCUUAAACCCAUCCAUAGAAGACGAGUACCUCCUACCAGAGGCGUUCUUGGAUGGUAAGCGAGAUGAUGUUUUUAAACUAGUUGAGCUAUCAUUAAUAAAGAAUACAUGUAUUAAAGUUAACUUUGAGCUGUUUGCUUAUUUCAUUUUACCUAAAUCAGGUGAGCAACAGCUGAAGUCGUUUAAUACAAAAUAUGAAGUUAUUUAUAAAAGUACUGAUUUUGAUGAAAUUUAUUUGAAUGUAAGAGAGACUUUCAAGAUGAAAUUAACUGAAUUUGAGCACUGUGAAUCUGGGUGGUCUUUAACAUCGUUGAGUCAUUUAGAAAUAAAUAUAAAUAAGUAUUCUCCUAUGAGAGGUGGAUCUUACAUAGAAUUACCAGAAGUUAUUAAGAAAACAAAGAGCUGUAUUAAUAUACAAAAUAACGAUGAAUAUUGUUUUUUAUGGAGCAUAUUAGCAGCAUUAUUUCCAGUCAAAAAUAAUGUCUGUAGGACAAGCUCUUAUCCUCAUUUUAGUACGAUAUUUAAUAUAACAGGGAUGUCAUUCCCGCUAUCACCUAAAGAUAUCAGAUUAUUUGAAAAUAAUAACAGUGAUUUAAGUAUUAAUAUUUAUGGAUUGGAUAAACAUUUCAAUGUAACUGGCCCCCUAUAUACGACAAAUUUUAGGAGAGAUAAACAUAUUAAUUUAUUGUAUUACGAAAAAGAAAACAGAGCUCAUUAUUGUUUAAUAAAAAACCUAUUACGCUUAGUGAGACGUCAAGUUUCAAAACAUAAAGGUCGAAUGUAUUUAUGUGAGACAUGUUUGCAAUUUUUUACUAGUGAAACAAAAUUCCAUUCUCAUGCAUGUUCUAAAAUUAUAACUUUAUUACCAGAUAAAAACAGUAUGCUGCAAUUUAAACAUUUUGAGAGACAACAAAAAAUUAACUUUGUUAUAUAUGCUGAUUUUGAAAGCCUAUUAUGCAAUUUUAAUGAAGUGAAUACUGAAAAAAAUAAAAAUACUAUAAAAAAUAAGUUACACCAGCCUUCAUGUUUUGCAUACUAUGUGUGUUGCUCACAUGACUGUAAUUUAAAUAAAUUUGUUUCUUACCGAGGACCAGACUGUGUACAAGUUUUUGUAAAAAAAAUCAUUGAAGAAACUAAAUCGAUACAUGAGAUCUUGACUACUAAAAAAACCAUGAAACCAAUGACUCCAGAACAAAUUGAUAAUUAUCGCAGCGCAAGCACAUGUCAUAUUUGUAAAAAAAUAUUAUUUGAUGACAAAGUUCGAGAUCAUGAUCAUAUUACAUCAGAGUAUAGAGGCGCAGCACAUUCACACUGUAAUUUAAUUUAUAGAGUUUGUCCAUUUAUACCAGUCGUAUUUCAUAAUCUAUCCGGUUAUGAUUCCCAUUUGUUUAUCAGAGAAUUAGCGAAAUAUGAUGGCGAAAUAAAAAUAAUUCCUAAGACAAAAGAAAAGUAUUUAAGUAUUACAAAAAAUAUUGAAACCAGCAAAUAUAAUAAGCCAUUGCAGAUUAAAUUCAUAGAUUCUUUUCAGUUUCUUAACACAAGUCUUGAUAAUUUAAGUAAAAGCUUAGAAAGCAGUGAUUUCUUGAAUUUGAGAUCAGUUUUUCCUGAUGACGAAAAAUUUUGUUUAAUUCGAAGGAAAGGUGUUUAUCCAUACGAAUAUAUAGAUUCAUGGCAGAAAUAUAAUGAGACACAACUUCCCCCGAAACAUUGUUUUUAUAAUAGUAUUCAAAAGGAACAUAUAACAGAUAGCGAGUAUGAACAUGCACAAACUAUUUGGAGUUGCUUUAAUAUUAACAGUCUUGGCGACUAUACUGAUUUAUAUUUAAAGUGUGAUGUUUUAUUAUUAUGUGAUAUUUUUGAAAAUUUUAGAAAUAUAUGUCUACAGCAUUAUAAUCUUGAUCCUGCAUAUUAUAUAAGUUCUCCUGGUUUAAGUUGGGAUGCUAUGCUUCUUUACACGGGUAUUCAACUGGAAUUGAUUCAUGAUUUAGAAAUGUAUAAUAUGAUAGAAAAAGGAAUUCGCGGUGGAUUAGCACAAUGCUCUCAUCGAUAUGCUAAAGCAAACAAUAUUUACCUCCCUCAUUUUGAUGAUUCAAAACCGUCAACAUAUUUAGUAUAUCUUGACUGCAACAAUCUUUAUGGACAUGCUAUGACUAGAAAAUUACCUAUAUCAGAUUUUAAAUUUAUGACAAGCCAGGAAAUAGUAAGUUUUCGUCUGUUCGAUAUUCCUGACGAUGCUGAGUACGGUUAUAUUUUGGAAGUAGAUCUAAUGUAUCCUGAAUAUUUACAUAAUUUACAUAGCGACCUGCCUUUCGCUCCAGAAAAAUUCAUACCCAUAGGAGGAAAGACAGAAAAGUUAAUUGCGAAUUUGUAUGACAAGUAUAACUAUGUUAUACAUUACAUUCAUUUGAAAGAAUGUAUUAAAAAUGGCCUUGUGAUGAAAAAAAUCCAUCGCAUACUUCAAUUUAAACAAGAAAACUUUUUAAAAAAGUAUAUAGACUUAAAUACUCAAUUGCGUCAAUCAGCAAAGACCUCUUUUGAAAAGGAUUUCUUUAAACUUUUGAACAAUUCAGUAUUUGGAAAAACUAUAGAAAAUAAACGAAAGCAAAUUCAUGUUAGAUUGGUGACUAAAUGGAAUGAUAAUAAAAAUAGAACAAAUAAAACAAUAGGCGCAGAGAAACUAAUUGCAAAACCAAACUUGAAAAGUAUUUGUAUUUUUAGUGAAGAUUUUAUAGCAAUUCAAUUGACUCCCGACAAACUUGUUUUAGAUAGACCUAUCUAUGUUGGAUUGUCUGUACUAGAAUAUGCUAAACAACAUAUGUAUAAUUUUCAUUAUGAUUUCAUUAAAAAUAAAUACGGUGACAAUGUUAAACUGUGUUACACUGACACUGACAGCUUAUUAUACUUAAUACAUACACAAAACUUUUAUAAGGAUUUGAAUGAAAACAUUAUAAAGUUUGAUACCAGCAAUUUUGAUUUUAAUAAUCCUUACAGUAUUCCAAAGAUAAAUAAUAAAAUUCCUGGCUUGUUUAAAGAUGAAUUAGGUGGCGAUGUGAUAAGCGAAUUUACAGGUUUAAGAGCAAAACUUUAUUGUAUUAAAUCAAUAAAAACACAGAUUAACAAAGCUAAAGGAGUAUCAAGGCCCAUUACAAAAAAAUUGAAAAUAUCUAACUAUAAGCGAGUUUUAUUCAAGAAUAUUACUUUACAAUGUAAGAUGAAUAUGAUAAAGUCAAGCAAACAUGUUCUGUAUUCACAGGAAGUAAAUAAAGUAAUUUUAAAUAGAGUAGAUGAUAAAAGAAUUGUUCAAACUAAUCAAAUAGACACAUUACCAUGGGGUCAUUGUGACCACAUAUGUUAG